ACUGAGACGCGAAUACUUGGUGUUCCUUCACACACCUGCACCUACGACAGGCUUCAGUAUCAAAGUUCCUCCGUGUGUUCUAUUGCAGUGCGCGACUCGUCAGCCAGUGAACAGACUUUUCUUUCCUCGAAAGUUUGCGCCGCAUUCGCCGGGAACUUCGUCGACUGGAGACACGAGUCGUUGCAAACUGCCGUGCAGUUCCGAGGAUCCAAGUGUCCCGUUCCCGGAAAUCAGCAAACCCAAGUGCGACCAGCAAUAGCUGUUGCGCCGGUGAAAAGCAAGGGCAGCGGUGUGUCUCGUUCGAGAGCGCAGCAGAACUUGUCCUACGGCGGUGCGUAUCUUGGCGAGCCGUCGGUCGUUGAGCCUUCUCUGACUUCCUUGCUUCUCUCAGCGCACAUAAGCGACGGACGAUGGCUGAGAUAUCGCCGUGCUGUGAGCCACGCGCGAGUGUAUAAUUGGAGGAUACAAAAGCAGAGUUGUGAAAGGAAAUUCGGUGCGAUUCGUCCUGCUUGCGAGAAGAAGACAAACAUAGUGCCAGGUGCCGAAAGCGAUAUCGAAAAAGCCGUGUUCGAUUGUUUGGAGAGUGUUAAAGUCGAGAUAAUGAGAGUAAAGUCCAAGGGGUGAUAGAUCUAUACUCUCAGUUGUCUCGGCGCCCGAAGCUCGGCUAAUAAGUGUGUUGUGGAUGUGGCUGUGUGUCAGAGGCAGUGUUUCGCGGUGCUGGAAGCAGCGGCAGCGGACCGAGGCAGCGACGUUGCACCAUGGUCUCCACGUCCAUAGUCACCCUCGUGUUCCUCGUCUGCCUACAAACGGUGCUGCUCUCGACGGUGAGCAACUGCGCCAAGACCAUCAGCAUGUACUGGAACACAACCAACUCCAUAUUUCGAAUAGACAAUACGGACCACAUAAUAGACGUGAACAAGAACAACGCGGCGUUCGAGUACGAUCAAGUGAAUAUAAUUUGUCCGGUGUACCAGCCGGGCACGUACGAUGACGAAGCGGAGAAGUACAUUAUUUACAACGUAUCGAAGGAGGAGUACGAGACGUGUCGGAUAACGAAUCCGAGUCCGCGGGUCAUAGCGAUCUGCGACAAGCCCUUUAAAACGAUGUACUUCACGAUAACGUUCAGGCCGUUCACGCCGCAGCCCGGUGGCUUGGAGUUCCAUCCCGGCCGUGACUACUACUUCAUCAGCACUUCGUCAAAGGACGACUUGCACAGGCGCAUCGGCGGACGGUGCACCACCCACAACAUGAAGGUCGUAUUCAAGGUCUGCUGCAACAACGAGGCCACCGACUCGUCAUCCUACCCAGCCACCUCUCGCAACAACUCGAUCACCGUGACGAGUAGCACAGUGAGCAGCAGCAGCAGUAGCAGCAGCAGCUCGACGAGCACGUCGAUCGUCAACGGAAUGGGCAACGGCAUCAACGUCGGCCGAGAGCCGAUGGUGCCAGCGAUCCCGCCGUCGGUUUACAAGGGCAGCGAUCGCUACUACCCGAGCAACGUGCACGGACACUCGGGUCAGCCGCAGCAGCCGCCAACCGAUCACGUACCGACCAUUCACGUGCCUCAGCCGCCGCCGAUGUUCCCCAACUAUCCGCACCAGCAGCCGCAGCCGCCGGUCUACCAGCCGCCUGCGUCGCAGCCACCCAAGACCUCCAUCACCCAGAAGAAGAAGAACAAGGAGUAUUCGGACCACCCGAACGAAGUGGUAAAGAACGAGGAGCUGACGUACAACGGCGCCUCGGCCAGCACGCUGCAACGCUCGCAGCAGCAAAUCGCGUGGACGUUGGCGCUGCUGUGCGGCGCACUGCUGCUCCGGUGAAGCGACUCCCGCAUUAGUCCCCUGAGAGCAAACAAUCGGCCGACGACGAGCAGCAACAGAGAUUAACAUGCGACAUCAACAGCAGCAGUAACAACUACAACAACAACAGCCACAACAACAAGAAUUAACAAAACGAAAAAGUAAAACCCCUUCUUCUGUGAUUGUAAUCCUACGUUCGCAAUUCGUUUCCCGCUAGCCGGAAAGGAAUUUAUGUAGUCCGAGCGCACUUCCUCGCGUCGGAGCUUCUCCAAGAGAAAAGAGAGCGAACAAGCGCGAGAUUGAGAGAGAGAGAGAGAGAGAGAGAGAGAGAGAGAGAGAGAGAGAGAGAGAGGGAGAGAAAGAGCGAGAGAAAGAGAGAGAGAGAGAGAGAGAGAGGGAGAGAAAGAGCGAGAGAGUGAGAGAGAGGUGCGCCAUAGCGUUCUCAUAAGCGAGCGAGACUGAGUGAGUGAUCAACGCGGCACGCCAUAUUUACUGUUAACACGAGUAUUCACGCCCACUGUUAUCACUGUACUCCGCCGGCAGCGAAUGGAGCAGCGAUUGUUAGUCGUGUGUUGUAUCCUGUGUAUGCUACAUAUUGCUAUAUAUUCGUACACAUAUAGUCGUCUCCUUUGUUUCCUUUUGAAACUUUUUAUUAUUUCUUCUAUCCCGCGAGCGCAAAGCCACCGAAGAGCAAGCCUCAUAGAGCUGUGCCUCUUUGUGCCUGCACCCGUUGUCGCGAUGAUCAUGUGCAUUUAAGCUCGCAUUGUCACGAUAGCUGAGAAAUAACCAAUUUGGACCACUAGUCGGCGUCUCUUCGUCGUCGCCGCGUAUAAUCGAAUCGCUUGCAAGUUGUUCUCGCCAAAACGACACUCGCUCAGAUUAUACACCGACAUACACACACACACCCGCACACAUUUGCCACGUUAUUUGGUUCCUCUAGGCUCGCAAGAAAAGCGAUUCGAUUGAGCGACACGCAGCGCACGCCUUGAAAAUAAUGAAAGAAGUAAAGCGAUUGUUAGGGAAAAAAGAGCGUUGUUCCAUACGAAUCAAUGCGCCAUCGUAUUCACGCGAGCUUUAGGCGAAAAAUUAGCGCGCCUCUCUCUCCCCAUGUUUGUGUAAAUAAGCGAACAAGAUUAUUAAGACGAAUAAAAAUAAUCAUAUUAUUCCUAAUGGAGCAGUGGCGGUCUGCUAUACGGGGAGGCAGUUCGGGUUUUAUCGACGAACUAUGUAUAACUAUUUGCCUUUGUCAAGUCACACACAGGCAUACACACACUGUCGCAUCAGUGCUGCGAAAUUAUAUACUCGAACGAAUUUGAACUGACGAGUGUGUGUACCCGCAGGCCGCGCGCCGCCAGAAUAAAUUACGAAAUCCAAGUGACUGUCAAUUUCGCAAUAUGUCUUUUUCUUUUCGACUUUGUGUUGAAACUUUCUGUUUUAUUUUUAAAUUACUAUUUAGCGCGAAUAUGCACGUAUCGUUGUGCGAAUUUGUAUGCAUGUUGGACAAUGAUGAACCAUGUGACGCGAGAAAAAAAAUGCGAAAGACAGAAAUAGACGAGCGAACCGGGUGUAUGAAAUUAUAGGCGUGCGAGUUCAAGCGAGAGUGAAUGCGGGUGUGCUACCCAAUACAUUUGUACCAUAGCUGUAUUAUACCGAGACACCUAUCUAUAGAUUUGUAUUAUAUUUAUUAUCUACAAUAAUUAUGACACUACGGAUAUUUACUCGAUAUUCUAUGAUUAUUAUUAGUAAAAUGUCAAAUUUAAUAGCGAAUAAAUUGCGAAAUGGAGGGGGCGCGUCCAAAGCAAUGAGCCUGCUCCGUUAUUAUUGUUUUUAUACUACAUGAAAAAUCGACGAGGCAUUUUUUAAUAAUCUCGCCAACGUAUGUCACACGACGCAACUGUCGUUUUCAUUCAGAUUUCCUAGACCUCAACCUCAGCAUACGAAUCUUCUAAUUUAUUCUACAGUUCUUUUUUUUUGUACGUAAAACAAAGCAAAGAAAAACAUUUUUUAACUUGUGAACCGUGCUCAUAUAUACACCAACACACCCGAGCGAUCUUUACUCAAUACGCAAUAUAAGGCAAUAUAUAAUCUGUGUGCAACAAUACUUUACCGUUUACAAUAUAUACUGUUUACCAUUUUUCUGUAUCAGACUCGUAUCACAUCAACUGUAAUAGUACAGCAGCUCUCAUAUUCACGUUUGUUUGAAACCAUGUAAUAUCGAUAAGACCGUUUGAUCGUUCGAGGUGUCUUCAAUUUUUAAUGAACAACUGACUGUCUUGCGCCAAUUAAUAUUAGCGCAAAUCCUUUUACGAUUUUUAUCUAGGAUGUAUAAAAAUUAUUUUACAUUUACUUUACUAUUAGAAAAUAAUUUUUAUAUGUACAUAAAAAUUGUAAAAUAUGUAGCAUUAUUACGUAUGAAAUUAUAAAAUUCUUAUUUAAAAUUAUUUUUUAGUUGUUUUAUUUUUUCUUCACAGCCAUUUAUUUUAUUUUGUUAUCCCGCAUGCCACUUGUGAUUGACUCUCUUUAUUUCAGGGCCUACAAUUGAAAAUUGCAAAGAUUAUCAAUUUCUAUUUUUCUUGUAUGAAAAAUAUUCUUUACUAGUUCCAGAUUGUAAAAUGUAACUAUGCUAAAGUAUUCUAUGAUAGAAAUUCUGACUGCCUCUGCGCUGUCAAAUUAACAAUACAGUUCAAACCGUCCAAGUAUAAUUUAUCAAUGAACUAACGUUGAAGAAUAUGCAAGUAAAUCAGUUUUUUAUAUUAAUUGCCGAAAUUUUUCCAAACGAAGAAAGUUCAACUUUAUUUAAGAAUUUAAAAAUUUUUCCAAUUUUUUUAAAUUGUUAAUGUUAUCAAUAUACUCUAAGUAGCUCAGAUAGUAUUGUAUAUAUUCUAUAUAGUUUUAGUUCUUGUGUCUAUGCCAUUUCAAGCUUUUAGUUGGGUGUUUAUAAGUAUGUAAAUCUUUAACGUAUAGCCUGUUUUUAUAUCGAAACUUGAGAUUUAUUUUUGACUCGACAUACUUUACUUAAUAUUCUUAAAUUUCAUGCAGUUAAUGAUAUCGUACUGCAAAGUAAAAUAAUUUUUGUGAAACAUAGUUGAAUAAUUUUUCCAAUAAAAGAGUAUAAAUGUACAUAUUUGGAUAUAAGUUUAGUUUGUUAUUUUGUUUUGUCAAUGGAAUUUUCCAAUCUACCAUUAUAAUAAAGCACUUUUUGUUAUUGUUGUAUGUUUCAAGCGUACAUCUGUAACUGAUUUAUACAAAUCCUGCUUCGUCGAUUUUUCAAAUCAACAAUAUCACAUGUGCAAUAAGCUUAGAGCAGAUGUGGGCACGUUCAUAUAAUUAUUCGAAUCCAUAUAUUGUUACUAUAAUAAUUAUUCGUUUGUAGUACAUUUCGAUACUAGUGCGAUAAUGUAAUUUGAGCCUCACGUGGACAUUUGCGCCUGAGCUAAGCGAGGGUGAAGAGGCCGCACGAGGCUGAAAUCACUUUCUCGUAUUCAAACUUGAUUUUUCGAUACGACGUGUGCGAGAUGAGAUUCCAAGCAAAUUUGUUUGCCCGAGUGUGUGUCAAUCGAGUCCUCGCUGCACGAAGUAUUGCAAAGAUUAUUAGAACUAAAGCAUGCAAUGGCCAAUUUGGACAUAUGGCAUUCUUAAAAGUUAUUAAUAAUUCUCUGUAAUUGUCAAUCUUUUUUCUCUCCGUCGAAUGAAGAGAAACAGAGGCAGCCAACACUUGAUGGUUUUGUUAAUGUUAAAAGGACGUUUGAAAAAAUCUAAACUCGUGAGAGAGAGGCUCUGAAGGGCAAGUAAAGAAAGUGAUAUAAUUGUAUUGCAAAUCCAAUCAGCCGACACAGCCCACAUCUACGCUAGCUGCAGUUACAAAUCAGGUUCGCCAAAGACCUUUGCGUCUACUAACAAAUAAAUAAAAAAGUGUCUAUGCAGGAAAACCAAUGUUAAUGGAAGAGAAAACCACCUGUUUACAAACAAAACUGACGAAUAUUGUUAUUUGUCAACCAACGAUGUAUGCUAUAUAUAUAAAAUAUAAAUAUUUAUAUAAAUAUAUAAAUAUCGAGAUAAUGAUAAGGAGGACAAAUGAAUUGUCGAAAAAGUUGUAAAU